AUGGUUAAGAUUUUAGAACUACACAGAACUUCGGUGAAGCUGUUUGAUUUGUGGAGUUUAAUCUGUUUGGUAGCUUUUCCGAUAGUUGAAGCAAGAGUUCGGCAUUACAGAUGGGAUGUGAAGUAUGAGUACAAAUCUCCAGAUUGCUUUCAGAAGCUGGUUAUGACCAUCAAUGGAGGAACCCCAGGUCCAACAAUAUUGGCACAGCAGGGUGAUACAAUUGUAGUUGAGCUCAAGAAUAGCUUGUUAACCGAGAAUAUAGCUAUCCACUGGCAUGGAAUUCGACAGAUAGGAACACCUUGGAGUGAUGGAACAGAAGGUGUGACUCAAUGUCCUAUCUUACCAGGAGAUACCUUCACAUACAAGUAUGUUGUGGAUAGGGCUGGGACAUUUAUGUACCAUGGACAUUAUGGAAUGCAAAGAGAAGCUGGGUUAUAUGGAUCCAUUAUUGUAUCACUUCCCAGUGGAGCUUCUGAGCCCUUUGCUUAUGAUUAUGACAGAACCAUUAUCCUAAAUGAUUGGUUCCACAAAAGCACUUAUGAGGAAGCUACUGGCCUGUCCUCCAUUCCCUUUGUUUGGGUUGGGGAGCCUCAGUCACUUCUGAUUAAUGGAAGAGGGAGAUACAACUGCUAUCUGCUAGCAAAUCCAAGCCUGGGAGCCUGUAAUGUGACAAAUCCAGAGUGUCUACCCCAUGUUGUGACAGUAAUUCCUGGCAAAACAUACCGAUUAAGGAUUGGUAGCUUGACUGCUUUAUCAGCUCUCAGUUUUCAGAUUGAGGGUCACAAUUUUACUGUCGUUGAAGCUGAUGGGCACUAUGUGGAGCCAUUUGUGACCAAAAACCUAUUCCUUUACUCUGGUGAGACGUACUCUAUCCUAGUAAAAGCAAACCAAGACCCAUCAAGAAACUAUUGGAUGACUACAAGUGUAGUUGGCAGAGAACCUAAAACCCCAACUGGAUUAGCAAUCCUCAAUUAUUAUCCUACCCAUUUCAGGAAAUCCCCUUCAACAGUUCCAACCACAGGCCCUGCUUGGAAUGACACAGCACCAAGACUAGCUCAGAGUCUUGCUAUCAAAGCCCUCCAAGGUACUAUUCACACCCCUCCUCCCACUUCAGACAAAACCAUUGUGCUUCUCAACACCCAAAACAAGAUCGAAGGGCACGUCCGCUGGUCCUUGAACAAUGUAUCUUUCUCUAUUCCACACACACCUUAUUUGAUAGCUUUGAAGGAGUUGUUGAAUCUAAGCCAUGUGUUUGAGCAAAAACCACCUCCAGAAAACUAUGACUUCAACAACUAUGAUAUAUACAGUGUUGCCAAGAAUGUGAAUGCUACUUCAAGCAAUGGCUUAUACAGGUUGAAGUUCAAUAGCACAGUGGAUGUUGUACUGCAAAAUGCCAACACGAUGACUGCAAACAACAGUGAAAUACAUCCAUGGCAUCUCCAUGGUCACGACUUUUGGGUGUUGGGAUAUGGAAAAGGAAAGUUCGACAUUACAAAAGAUGUGGCAAAAUACAAUCUUGUCAAUCCGAUCAUGAAGAACACAGUGCCAGUACACCCUUAUGGUUGGACUGCUUUGAGAUUUCGAGCAGAUAAUCCUGGCGUUUGGGCAUUUCAUUGCCAUAUAGAGUCGCAUUUCUACAUGGGAAUGGGAGUGGUUUUUGAAUCUGGGGUGGAGAAGGUGGCAAAGCUGCCAUCUUUUAUCAUGGGUUGUGGAGAAACUAAAAGCUAUCAUAGGCCAUAGUGAUGUUAUUUUCUUUGACAAUUUCACAACUCAGUUAUUUCUACGGUUCAGUGA